AUGAAAUUCACUUCCACCCUCCAGCUGCUCCUCGCAGCUACUACCGUGCUAGCAGCACCCUCGAUCGACGAAAGAUCUUCAUCCAUCUCACGAAACAACCGAGUCGGACCCAAAUGCGCAUUCAAACCACUGCCCGAGACAGGAAAGCGUAACAGAGAGUGUAAAGUCAAGACUCACGGCAAUGGCAAUGACGACUCUGAAUACAUUCUCGCCGCAUUGAAAUCAUGCAACAAUGGCGGGAAAGUUGUCUUUGAUAAGAAUUAUACCAUUGGCACGGCGCUGGACAUUCAGUGGUUGAAACACAUCGAUCUUGAUAUCACCGGCACAAUCCAGUUCACCAACGACACAAACUACUGGAUCAACAACGCCUUCCAGAUCGUCUUCCAAAACUCCACCACCUUCUUCAAACUCGGCGGCGAAGACGUCAACAUCUACGGUGACGGCACAAUUGACGGUAACGGCCAAGUCUGGUACGAUCUAUUUGUUAAAAAUGCUACGCUUCAGCGUCCCAUCUUGAUGGGUAUCAUCGGUCUGGAAGGUGGCUCUAUUGGACCAUUGAAACUGAGACAUUCGCCAUCUUGGUAUCAUAUUGUCGCUAAUUCCUCGAAUGUUGUGUUUGAUGGAUUGGAUAUUUCGGGUUAUAGUACGAGUGUGAAUGUGGCUAAGAAUACGGAUGGAUGGGAUACCUACCGCUCGGAUAACAUCGUUAUUCAGAAUUCUGUGAUCAAUAACGGUGAUGACUGCGUCUCAUUCAAGCCCAACAGCACCAACAUCCUCGUUCAGAACCUACACUGCAACGGCUCCCACGGCAUCUCCGUCGGCUCCCUAGGCCAGUACCCUGGCGAAGUCGACAUCGUCGAGAACGUGCUCGUCUACAACAUUUCCAUGUUUAACGCAUCUGACGGCGCCCGCAUCAAAGUUUGGCCCGGAAUCAACUCGGAACUCGAAGCCAGUCUGCAAGGCGGCGGUGGUUCUGGAAGCGUCAAGAACGUCACCUACGACACUAUGUCUGUGACAAACGUAGACUGGGCCAUUGAAUUGACCCAGUGCUACGGACAAAGCAAUUUGACUCUGUGUGACGAGUUUCCCAGCAAUUUGACCAUCACAGAUAUCCACUUCAAGAACUUCAAGGGUGUGACUAGUACAAAGGAGGGCAAGGAUAUUGCGACUUUGGUUUGCUCGAGUCCUAACGUAUGCUCCGACAUCUACGCGACAGAUAUCAACGUCGUCAGCCCUAGCGGAUAUAACCAAGCAAUUUGCACGAAUGUCGAUGACUCAUUGCUCGCGUUGAACUGUACUGCCUAA